AUGGAGGGAUUGGAGUAUCCUCAGAUUAUGAUAUCUUCCAUCAAAGAAUUGAAUGAGCCAGACUGGGAUGGUUUGAAACCUAAAUUGGAUUUAACUGGUCAAGAUGACAAAAUUGAGAAAGAGGCAAAGAAAGAAGAAUUGAAAACGGAGAGUGUUGAAUAUCAUCGACAAAAGCAAUACUGGAGCAAAGCAAAGUGGCAUGUUCAUUCGCUGAUUAUGGAGUCAUUUGUUACCAGUAAAAUGAAGGACAAGAUUUUACAGGAGGUGGAUUACAAUGAGAAAAUCGAGGGUGAUCCUAUUGAAUUAUUGAGACGCAUCAAUAAAUUCAUGACGACCAGUGAUGUGACAGACUGGGAACCCAUUACAUUGUGGGAAGCACUACAGAAGUGGGUUAAUUGUUGUCAGAAAGGAAAUGAAACGGUGAUUGAAUACCGUAUGCGAUUUGAAGAAUGCGCAACUACAGUAUUAUCUUUCAUGGGUGAUUUGUGGGUAGAUGUGUUUGCCUUGAAGACUACCGCAUAUCAUGAAAUUAACGGUCCGUCCGCCGCUCAAGAAGCCCAUUUCAUACUAUCUUGGCGGGAGACCCAUCUUCUAUAA